AUGGGAGACGAGGAGGAAAAAGCAGAAGCGUCAGGAAUGCAGAUGAUGGGAAAUCAGGAGAGUACGGCGGAUCCAGAGAUAGAUAUCGACGUUCUGAAACGUGAGAAAACGAAAGCUAAGUCACAAUUCACGAGAGCUAAGCAUCACUUGUUGAACUUAUUAGAUUCUGAUUUACCUAGUCGUGGGGAAUUAUGUAAGGCUCGAGAACGCCUGAUUGAUUUACAAGAACCGCUCAUUAAUUGCUUGUUGUCGCUUUCCGCGGAGUACAAGAAGGCAAACGACAUUACAAAACUAUCAAAGACAGAACAAGAAAUUGAAAUGAUUGAAGAUAAUUUUGAAAAUUGUCAAGACAGAGUUCAGGAUUAUCUAGAUGCACGAAGGAGUGAUCCGCCGAGUGUUGCGACAGAUUCAUUACAUGGAAGUGAAUACUUUGUGAAUGAAGAGGAAAUUCGGGCCAAGAAAAAAGCAGACUCUAUUCGUGAGGAGGUGCGCAAAUUUGAAGAAACGAAAAGAGAAUUGGAGGAAGAAUUUAAGACAAAACAUGAACAGUUGAAUGAAUCUAUCAACGCUGGAUACAGAGAACUGGAACAAGUUGAAAAUGAAGCACAAAGGAAUUUUAGUGGAAUGAAUGAUGGUUUUGAAGAUGUAGACAAUUGUGAAAGAGAGGACUGUGAAAAUACUGAUGUUAAUCAAGACUCACACAUUCCCUCAUCAUCUGAGAAACAGGUUAAAGUGACCAAUGAUUCUGUGAAUGGCCCUACCGUUGGAAGUGAUUUGUGGAAACAGAUGAAGCGUGUAUCGAUUCCUGUCUUUUAUGGUGACAAAAGGACAUACGAGAGUUGGAAAGCUGCCUUCUCAGCAUGUAUUGAUAAAGCUCCAGCGACUCCAGAAUACAAACUUUUACAGUUAAGACAGUAUCUUUCCGGUGAAGCCUUGAAAGCUGUAGAAAACCUUGGACAUUCCGCUAUCGCCUAUGAAGCAGCCAAAGAUCGUCUUGAGCGGAAGUUCGGAGGACAACGACGGCAAGUCAUGCGACAUCUUGAACAGUUGGAUUCCUUUAGACCUAUACGUGCAGGAAAUUCAAAGGAUUUGGAAAAAUUCGCAGACAUUCUGGACAUAGCAGUCAUUAACCUAAAGGAUGCAGGUAGAACGGAUGAACUCAAGAAUGGAUCACUGUACGUCAAACUUCAAAAGAAAAUCCCAGAGUCCCUGCUGUCUACAUACCACCGAUGGGUGUAUGAGAAGAAAAAGACUGAGUCAGUGGAAUCUUUGAGGGAAUGGAUCUUGCAGGAAUCCGAAUUCCGAACAGUGGCAAACGAGACUGUGUAUGGUCUACAGGUUGAUUCAAACAAUAACUUUGAUAGUAAAAAGUGCAGCCGUGACCGAAAUCAUGUUAAUGUUCAUCAAAGAUCAUUUUUCACAAACACUAAGACCUUCAACAAACUAUGUCAGAUGUGUCAAGGACAACAUGGGAUAUGGUCAUGUGAGCAGUUCAAGAAACUUGAAGUGUCCCAGAAAUGGAACUUUGUCUGUCAGUCGAAGCUGUGUUUUCGUUGCUUGGGGUCAGGACACUUGGGAAAGACAUGUAGAAGGAGCAGACCUUGCGGCAUUGACCAUUGUACCGAGACACAUCACAGACUAUUGCACAUUGAAAAUCGAGCUGUGAACCAAAACACAGAUGGAUAUCAACGUGAUCUAUCUGCAUCAGUGUUGAACCAGAAUGCUCCAGAAUUUCGACCCUAUAGAAAUCCACAGAGACCAACUUCUUCUGUAAGAACUGCUGAAAACAGUAAUGUUGAUACCCAGAUAUCAGUGAAUCAAGACAGAACUUUGACAUGUCAUGGAGGGGAGCCACAAUUUAUCGCCCUACGAACCAUUCCAGUAAUAGUAAGAAAUGGAUCAAAGACAAUGAGAGUAAACGCACUGCUGGAUGAUGCCAGUACACGGACCUACAUUAAUGCAGAUGUUGCAGCAGAAUUGGGUUUACAUGGCAAACUACAGAGAAUUACCGUAGGAGUUCUUAAUGACAAAACUGAGUCAUUUGAAACUAUGCCAGUAGAAUUCCAAAUAGAGAGUGAUGAUGGGAGGACAAAGACUAAAGUGGAAGCCCUAACAGCUGACAAAGUUACCGGUGAUAUGUGUGUAAUCAACUGGAGAAAAUAUCAACACAAAUGGGACCAUUUGAGAGGACUUGAAUUCCCAGGAGUGGGUAAACAUUCUAUGGUGGAUAUUCUGAUUGGAAUGGACCAGAGUGAACUUCAUUAUGCUUAUCAAGAGAUCAGAGGUCGACCAGAUGAACCAGUGGCCAGACUUACUCCAUUAGGAUGGACUUGUGUCGGGAAAAUUCCUGGUAGCAAUGAGAUAUGUGUUCAAACUCAUUUCAACAGAACUUACUUUAUCCAGAAUCAGAAAAGUGAUAAUGAAUCGGACAAGAUUUUGUGUAAAUUCUGGGAGAUGGAAAAUUUCAGUGAGCCACAGAAGAAACAGUCAUUUAGUCUAGAGGAGAGAAGUGUGUAUGAAAAAGUGAAAGAUUCAUUGAAGUUUGUUGAUGAUCAUUAUGAAGUAGCUAUUCCUUGGAAGGAAGAAAAGCCUGAUUUACCAUGUAAUUACGACAUGGCACUACAACGUUUAGAGAACACUGAAAAGCGAUUGAUGAAGAACCCGGAAGUAAAAGAUUCUUACUCAAAGACUAUUGAACAGUAUCUGGAGAAAGGAUACAUACGCAAGAUUAAUCAGGAUGAGGAAAAGUCCGGAAAAUGGUUUCUUCCACAUUUUCCUGUCAUCCGGCCAGAUAAGAGCACAACAAAGACACGUAUUGUGUUCGACGCAUCAGCAAAGCAUUGUGGUGUCUCAUUAAAUGACAUGAUUCACUGCGGACCAAAACUUCAAAAUGAACUCUUUGAUGUGUUACUAAGAUUUAGAAGAAAUAGUGUGGCAAUAGUAUGUGACAUUGCAGAAAUGUACUUAAGGAUUAAGGUUCCACAGGAUGAUAGACCUUAUCAACAAUUUCUCUGGCGUGACGUUAAUACAGAAGAGAAACCAGAUGUGUAUGAAUUUAGCAGUGUUGUAUUUGGAAUAAAUUCGUCGCCAUUUCAAGCACAGUUUGUAGCACAGACCCAUGCUGAGACUAACAGAGAAACUUACCCUAUGGCAGCAGAGACUGUUUUGAAAUCCACCUACAUGGAUGAUAGUAUGGAUUCAGUAUCUACCGAGGAAGAUGGAGUCAAACUCUACAGGCAGCUAUCUGCAUUGUGGGAAAAGGCCGGCAUGUAUGCCAGGAAGUGGCUAUCAAACUCAGUGGGUGUACUGCAGCAUAUCCCACCAGAAGAUGUUGUUCCUGAAGUUGACCUGCACGACAACAGCUUACCAUCCGUAAAAACCCUUGGUGUGCUAUGGAAGGCCAAAGAUGACAUCUUUACAUUCAAAGCAAGUCCACCAGAGGAUGAUUUUACUUACACAAAGCGGAACUUUCUACGGAAAAUCGCAAUGCUGUUUGAUCCUUUGGGAUUCCUAGGACCGUACACAAUAAGAGCUAAAGUUUUGUUGCAAGAAAUGUGGACUGCAGGUCUUGACUGGGAUGAUGUGUUGAGCAAAGACCUCCUAUCAAAAGCUGAGAAGUGGUUUAGAGAAUUGACUGAGCUAUCGCUUAUUGAAGUACCGAGAUGUCUACGUCUAUCUAAUGGUGAGAUUAUAUCGACUUACCUUCAUACCUUUGUUGAUGCUUCCCAGGACGCGUAUGGAGCUGUAGUUUACCAGAGGUGUAUCUAUGACGAUGGAAGUGUAUCAGUCAGAUUCGUGACUGCAAAAUCCAAAGUAGCUCCACUUACCACAGUCAGCAUACCUAGACUGGAAUUGAUGGGUGCAAUAUUGGGAUUAAGGCUAACGCUUUCAGUGACAAGUGCUCUGGAGAUGGAUGGUGACCAGUGCACGUUUUGGACGGACAGCAUGAAUGUGCUGUGCUGGAUCAAGGCACAAAGUAGAAGUUUUAAGCCCUUUGUAGCAAAUCGUAUUGGGGAGAUACAGUCGGCCUCAAAUCCAAAGCAGUGGCAUCAUGUGCCAACAGAAAUCAACCCCGCUGAUAUGAUAUCCAGAGGAGUGACGGUUUCACAGUUACAGAAAGACAGUGUCUGGUGGAGUGGGCCUCACUUUCUUACCUUGGAUGAAUCACAGUGGCCGAAUCAGAAAGUUGAAAAACAGGACUCUGACAAGGAAAGAAAGAAGUUAAGCAGAGAAGUUGUCAAUGAUUCAUAUUCAUUCUUGGCAAGAUCAGUGGGCUAUAGAGACACAGAGUGUUGUUUGAACCCAGAAUCCUAUUCCAGCUGGAUACGGCUUGUAAGAAUUCAAGCUUGGAUAAAUCGUUUUGUAAAUAACUGCAGAAUGAGCAUCAAGGAUAGAUGUAAAGGUGAAUUGAAUGCUGAAGAAGUUGAAGGGGCGGAAACUCAAAUCAUUAGAACAGCCCAGAAAUGUGAGUUUCAUUGUGAAUACAGAUUGUUGAAACAGAACAAACCUCUUCACCAGAGCAGCAAGUUAUUGAGUCUGAACCCUGUAAUUGAUGAAGAUGGACUCCUGCGGUGUGAUGGACGUUUGAAAUAUGCAGAAUAUUUACCAUAUGAUGUUCGAUACCCUGUCAUUCUCCCUAGAAACAAUCGUGUCACUACACUUAUUAUCAAGUAUCACCACGAAAAAGGAAAACAUGUGACAGGAACAAAUCACACACUAUCUAUGAUCUCAUCACAGUUUUGGAUAAUAUCCGCACGAGAGGAAAUACGGAAGUGGGAACGACAAUGCAAUAAAUGUUGCCGCAACAAAGCCAGACCAGCAGAACAACUGAUGGGUCCCCUUCCAUCAAUUCGUACAAAGCAGCCAUUACACGCAUUUUCUCGAACAGCGGUUGAUUAUGGAGGACCUUUCAUUACGAAGCAGGGACGCGGAAAACGGCGAGAUAAGAGAUAUCUAUGUCUCUUCACGUGCGUGAUGUCAAGAGCAGUGCAUCUAGAAGUUGCCUUCGGACUUGAUACAGAUUCGUUCCUCAACGCAUUUUACCGGAUGGUUAGCCGAAGAGGUCUACCUACAGAAGUUAUAUCGGACAAUGGAACAAAUUUUGUUGGUGGCAACAACGAGCUAACGGAACUAGUUGGAUUAUUGGACCACACAAAGAUUCAACAAUCUACAGCAAACCUUGGAGUCAAGUGGCACUUUAAUCCGCCUCUUGCACCUCAUUUUGGAGGUGUCCAUGAAAUCAUGAUUAAAGCAGCGAAGAGAGCUAUCUAUGCAGUGAUCGGGUCAGCAGAUGUUACAGAUGAAGAGCUGAUGACAGCAUUUGCAGGAGCAGAAGCUUUGAUCAACUCAAGACCCCUGACUUACCAAUCGGCAAACCCAAACGAUGAUGUUCCGUUGACUCCUAACCACUUCCUGCACGGGCAGGUGGGGGGAUUAUUCGCACCGGAAACUGUGGACACAACUGAAUUCAACCCACGGAAACGUUGGAGAAGAAUCCAGGAGCUUGUGAGACACUUCUGGCAUCGAUGGAUGAGCGAAUGGUUGCCAGGACUGAAUGUACGCAAGAAGUGGAAUCGAACUCGCAAAGACAUUAGUGAAGGUGACAUUGUUCUCAUAAUUGAACCUAAUUUACCUAGAGGACAUUGGCAGCUAGGUCGCAUUCUAGAAAUUCAUACAGGCAAAGAUGGACAUGUGCGCGUUGCCAGAGUGAAAGUCGGCCAGAAAUCGAUGACCCGUCCAAUAACUAAGCUGUGUCCAUUGGAGUUCAGUGACUAA